CACCCACCACUGUACUGCCCCCGCUAUUACGAUUAGAAGAUGGCCACGCCAAUGACCAGCACACUGUAUCGUCAGUCUAAUGCGAGUGCAGCCACGCCCAUGGCGCAUAACGCCCUUUAUAUGAGUACGCCGCCCCCAAAACCCUACGCUGUGGGCGCCGUGCAAAAUAGUGCCGAACGCAAUCGCCUAAUGGAGCUGCUCCGUGCACCCAACAAUCUCACAUCGCCCACAAUGGAGCCGUCGUCGAAGGGGCUGCUCAAUGGACCCGGACAAAAUAAUUGUUUUCUCAACUGUGCUGUCCAGGUCUUGUGGCACUUGGACGCCUUUCGACGCUCGUUCCGGAGUCUAAAUCAGCAUGUCUGCAGUGGCCAAGACUGUAUUUUCUGUGCUCUGAAGGAACUGUUUCAGCAACUGCAGACCAGCUCGGAGCCCGCCUUGUGUCCGGAGCCGUUGCGUCGCGCCUUGGCCAGCGGCCCGUUGGCCGGCCGUCGGUUCCCCCUGGGCUGUCUGGGUGAUGCUGCCGAGUGCUUCGAACUGCUCUUGCAUCGCGUCCACUCGCACAUCUCGGCCGAUGAUGGGGAUGCGUGCGAGUCAGCGGCUUGCAUUGCCCAUCGACGCUUUGCCAUGCGCGUCAUCGAGCAGAGCGUCUGCAAGUGUGGAGCCAAUUCGGAGCAGUUGCCCUUCACGCAGAUGGUACACUAUGUUUCCGCCUCUGCCCUGACCUCGCAGAAGAGCUUGGCACUGCAGAAUCACCAGCAGCUGAGCUUUGGCCAACUGUUGCGUGCUGCUGGCAACAUGGGCGACAUUCGCGACUGUCCGAAUUCAUGUGGAGCCAAAAUUGGUAUUUGUCGCGCCCUGCUGAAUCGUCCGGACGUCGUGUCCAUUGGCAUUGUUUGGGAUUCGGAGCGACCGGCUGCGGAUCAGGUGCAUGCCGUACUCAAGGCUAUUGGCACUAAUCUGCGUCUCGGCGAUGUCUUUCAUCAAGUCAGCGAGCAGCGUUGGGCGCAACAGGUGCAGCACGAGUUAGUGGGCAUCGUGUCCUACUAUGGCAAGCAUUACACCACCUUCUUCUUUCACACCAAACUAAAGGUGUGGGUGUACUUCGAUGAUGCCAAUGUCAAGGAGGUGGGUCCCAACUGGGAGGGUGUGGUGGACAAAUGCAGCCGAGGCCGCUAUCAGCCACUACUCCUCUUAUAUGCUGUACCGCAGCCGCCGUCCAGUGCCCCGCUAAAUCCGAGUGGAGGGGUCAUGCCCGCACAUUACAUGCAAGAGUUGGCUGCUGCCCAAAGUACCAGCGCUGCAGUGCGCCGGGCCGUUACGCCAAGCCCAGAAAAACCGAGUCUGGGUAAUACCAGGCGUGCCAUUACACCGACUCCCUUGCGCACGCCCAACGACUAUCAGAACCUGAGCGUCAUACAAAAGAACAUUUUUCCGGCCCCAAGUCAGGCGCCGAUGGGCAGCGAUGAGACGGACGCCUACAUCAGUCGCAAGACCGUGGAGCAUGUGCUUAAUGCCCAAUAUCAGAAUCUAAGUGUCAUUCAGGACAAAAUAUUUCCAGCACCGAAUGCGGUGGCUCCUGGAGCCAGCAUCGUUGUUGAUGAUAAGGACGGUGGUUUCCUUAAUCGCAAGCCAAUCGAAGCGGUGCUGAAUGCGCAGCUAGCGCGGAAGCAUCAUUUGCAGCUGCAGCGUAGCCACAGUGCGGAGUCCUCUUCAGGUCACAAUAGCGGCGCCUCAAAUGGCAGCUCGCCGCCUAGUGAUGGGCUCACCAUACCCGAUCAUCUGAAUCAGCCACGUCGUCGUGACUCGGGUAACUGGUCUGGAGAUCGAAACAGUGCCAGCUCGGCAAGCUCCACCACUCUGGACAAUCCCUAUCUGUACAUGGUGGCCAAGCGUGGUGUGCCCGCCGUACCGCAGAGUCCCACACGUCAUGGUCUGCCCUAUGAUCCCGGCUAUGAUUCGUUCUCUUUGAGCUCAACGGAUUCAUAUCCGCCCAAGCAUGCACUCAACCCGCAACUUGCUAAGAUCCCAGAAGCUGGAGCACCAGGGUUGUCCCUGUCGGGAGACUGCGAAAAACUCUGCCAUGAGGCUGAUCAGUUGCUGGAGAAGUCACGCCUGGUCGAGGAGUCACACGAUCUGGAGACAGCGCUGGUUUUGUGCAAUGCAGCCGCUGGUCGCGCUCGUGCUGCCAUGGAUGCUCCUUACAGCAAUCCGCAUACCAUGACCUUUGCGCGCAUGAAGCACAACACAUGUGUGAUGCGAGCGCGCAGUCUGCAUCGUCGCAUUCUAGUGGAGAAGGGUGCCGACAUGGACGCCAUGCCGGAGCUGAAGCACAUGCGCGAGGGCAGCACCAGCAGUGUGAAGCACGUGCGCCAGAACAGCAAGGAUAAGACACUAGACAAGCAGAUAGCGCCCUCGCCCCUGCAGUCGUCUGCGCAGCCACUGAACACCACUGCUAACCUACUGCAUGCUGCGGUCGCAGCCAGCAAAAAUAUCGAGAUCUAUGCAACGUUGCCGAAACGCAAGAGUCCGCUCAAGGCUCUGGCGGCUGCAGCCAUUGGCAAUGCUGACGACAAUGCCAUUGAGUACGAAAUGCAGCCGACUCCGACGGUCGCGAGCAAGCCAGAACGUGAGAGUCGCUCGCUCUUUGGCCGGAGCAGCAGCAGCAAAGCGGACAAGGAGAAGGAGAAGCGUAGUCGCAGCGAAGAUCGCAACAAGCUGACCCGCGAGUUCUCGCUCACUGAGACGCUGCUCGUCAAUGCGAAGGACACGCUGAAAAAGCAUAAGGAAGACAAGGAUGAGAAAAAGGAGAAGGAUAAGAACGGCAAGAAGCAGCACAAAAUUCGUCGCAAGCUACUCAUGGGUGGUCUCAUUCGCCGCAAGAAUCGCUCCAUGCCGGAUCUGACAGAGGCCGGCGAUGACGCUACAUCGACGGCGCAUGCGCGGGACAAGAAUGCUCCGGCUCCUCUGACCAGCUCCGUCGACGAUAGCGCAGUGGGUCUGCACGGUGGCAAGCACGCCAUGAGUGGCUACAUUUCUGAGGGCCACUUCGAUUACUGUGCCGCCAACAAUGCCAAUCCCAAUCUCGAGCGCAGCAAACUGAUGCGCAAGAGUUUCCAUGGCAGCGGUCGCCAGCUGACGGUGGUGGCCAAGGUGGCACCGCCGCCACCCAUGCGCAUUAGCUCGACUCUGACGCCGCAGCAGCAGCAGCAACAGGAGGCGGCCGCUGCCGCAGCCCUCCUGCAACACUUCCAUCAUGAGGCCAAUCUGAGCAACAUCUCGGCCAUGAGCUCCAAUACAUCGAUUAGCGAGGAUUCCUGCCAGACCAUCAUCACCACCUGCGCCCAGGUGCACUCGGAGCAAAGUCCGCUGAAGGAUAUGAGUCUGUUGGCACCCUAUGCGCUAACCCCCACUGGUGGGGGUCUCGAUGAAGUCGAUAUGCGUCCCAACACAAGUCAAACUGCGCACGAUCUUCCGCCUCCGCCAUUGGAGCUGCCACCCUACCCCAGCCCACCACAAUCUGUGUGCCACUCGCGGCAGGCGAGCGAAGAUUUCCCGCCGCCGCCGCCACCCGAAAUUGAUCUCGAACCCCUAAACCAGCAGCUGAACCAGCUGCAGGCGCUGGAGGCCAGCAAGCCCCAACGUCAUCUGGAGUCGCUGGAGGGCACCACCAGCAUUCUAGCGCAGCUGCAGCAGCGUCAGCAUCUGCUCAAGCUGCGGAAGGAGCAAGCGGCGGCAGCCGCCGCAGCAGCCUCAUCUGCCUCCAACACCGAUGCCACCACCACCAACGGGUGGCUCAAGGAGCUUCAGGCAAAGCAAUCCGAUCUCAGAGCCAUGCAACGCACUCAGUCGCCGAGCAACGUGCGCGACCUGGCUCAUCGCUUCGAGCAGACCAAGCUGCUAGACUCACCAAUGCGCUCCUACGCCUCCCAGGAGCUGCUCAGCUGUAGUUCCUCCCCAUCCGGCUCCAUUUCUGGCGCCGGUAGUAAGCCGCCACAGAUACGCACCCACAUGAAUGGCCUGCCCAAUGGCGCCAUCAAGCUAGAAGCCGAUGAGGUGGACUGUGCACCACCCCAGCCGCCACCAGCAACACAGCAGCAGCAGCAGCAGCAGCAUCGCUUGCCACCGCAUCAGGUUCUUCCCAAGCCCAAGUACGAGAUGUCGCAAUCGCAGAUUGCCGAAGAAAUUCGAGAGGUGGAGCUUCUCAAUAACAUGGUUCAACAGACCCUCUCCAAUGUGCCGCCCAAGCGUGUGAAGAAGAAGAGCGUAUCCUUCUGCGAUCAAGUAAUACUGGUGGCUACCGCGGGCAACGAGGAGGACGACGACUUCAUACCCAAUCCGAUUCUGGAGCGUGUGCUUCGUACAGCCCAGCAUCCAAACGAAAAAGUGACGGCGCAGCUCAUACAACAACAGCAGCAGAACAUGAUACGCUUGCAGACAGAGCCCCAGCCGCGCCAGCAACAAUUGCAGCAGCAGCAGCAGCAGCAGCAGCAGCAACAACAGCCCCAGCCAUCGCCCAUGCUGGGUAGACCGGCGCCGGAUAUACAGCGUUAUGUGCAGCUACAGCGACCACAAAUGGAGGCACUGCGCCAGCAACAACAGCAGCAGCAGCAGCAACAGUUGCCAGCAGCACAUCUGCAGGCGGGUCAAGUCUAUACUCCCAUGCAGGAUAUUUAUCGCCUGCAGUUGCAGCAGCAACAACAACAGCGCACCAGCAUGAGCGGCAUAAACGGCUUGGCCAAUCAGCAGCACUUGCUGCUGGCAGCACAACAACAGCAGCAGCAGCAACAUGAUUCGCAAUAUACGAGCAUGCCACGCCCACUGCAGCAUGCACCCUUGCACCAGCUGCCGCCCCAAAGCUACUCCGUACAGCUGCAGAAACAUCAGCAACAACAGCAGCAGCAGCAGCAGCAGCAACAACAGCUUAGCCUGGCCUACUACAACAACGGCAACAUUGCAGCUGCACAACAGGAACAGCCACUGCCCUCACCCUACCAACGCGUUCCCCUGCCACAUGCCUAUGCAGCCGCAAAUGCUGCUCCACCCGCAUCUCCCUACUACCCACAACAACAGCAGCAACAACAGCAGCAACAACAGCAGCAGCAACAGCAGCAGCAACUGAAGCCGCCGCAUCAGAAGAAGGUUAGCUUUGAGCCGGGAACCAAGGGAGAGGCAGACUGUCUGCCCCCACCACCGAAGCCGCUACAAGCUGGACUGCAGAAUGGCCUGCCAAUGCCACAUGGAGAGGGCGGCGUAAGUCCGGGAGCUGGCAAUGCCAGCAGCGCCAUCACCGCCAUACCCACCCGCGUCUACAACAAUGCCAUUGUGAAGGCCUCGGCCAAGGCGGUUGAGUGCAACCUGUGUCGGAAGCGCCACGUGAUUGCGCCCGCCGUCUACUGCACCAAUUGCGAAUACUAUCUGCAGAUGCUCAACCAGCGGAGAUGAUGAGAAACGAACGAUCUUAAUGCAUUAACAACAACAACAACUACUAGCUAACUAAUAUUAAUUUGCCUUUAGUCGUAAGUGGAAACCGUUAAUCUCAAGCAAUGCUGCCACGCCGCCUAAAUCGCCCACAGGAUGUUGUACAUAGACACACACACAUACACAUACACCUGCACACACUAAACUAUAACUACAUACAUAAAUACUUAACGCACACACACACACACAUCAUACAAAUGCAAAUGCAAAUACAAAUACAAAUACAUACGACUUAGAUACGAGCAUAAGAGUCCCGCCUUCGGGACUUCGAGUGAAGCCGAAGUGAAGCAGAAGGAAGCCCGAGGCCAGGCCAUGCCGCAGGACACAGUCUUUUUAUGGUUGUACAUAAGAAGGUAACUGUGCACAGGCAUGCGAAUGCACAAAUGUACAUACAAGUAUGUAUGUACUAUGUACGAGUAACGCACUCACACCACCAACCAGCCUACAUAUAUAACUGCAUAUACACCACAUAUAUACUUACUUAUAUAUAACAACGUCAACGUCAGCGCCAACGUCAGCGCCAACGCCAAUCGUUCGCAUCGAACAUCCUCCCAUGCAUCACGCAUCAGGCAUCAGCAUGAUGAUGAACCCACAAAGCUUCCA